CACCACUGUUUAUUGUUUUAAAUGUGAUUUUUUUUUUAGUGUGGUAUCACCUGCUAUACACUCAGUUGCCAGUUCAUUAAAUACACAAAAUAUAUAGGUAUAUAUUAUACAUAUGUAAUAUAUCAUAAUAUAUAUUUAAAGUUAUAUUAUUACUGAUUGUAAUACAUCUGUUGCUGUGAAGAGUUUGUCAGUCCCUUGUAUCCCUUCUUUCUAAUCAGAUAUGAUUUGGGUAGUGAACAUUUUCUGCAUGUGUUCACCACUUUAUUACACACGCCAACCCUGUUGAGCCACCUUUGUAAGUGUACAGUUGGAGACUAUAGCUCAGUAUUUACAGUAUAUGUAACAUUUCCAGUCAGGCAGGUUUUGUUGUCAUUCCUUCAUGUUAGUUGUGUACAAUGGAACAAAAUGUUGUUUCUUCAGGACGCUGGUGUGACGGACAAUACUGUGAACUUUACAAAUGAAAUGUGGUCAGGGGAAAAAAAAAAUCUUGAAUGAUUGUGAUCGGAGGUCUUUAAAGGGUCAUGAAACCUUCAAUCUUUCAGCUCAAGUCUACCUCGCAAUUUUUGAAAAAUGCAGUUUAAAUGUGCGUGGAUGGCUGUGUGAAGAAGGGCGGGGGAGUGGGCGUGGCAGGGAAAGGCAGGAGAGGAAGAGGAGGGAGAGCCUUCAUAACACACCAUAAUAUGGAUUGUGACAUCUACUACAUCUGUAGGAAAGGACCACGUGCUGUCAUUAAUAAUUAAGAGACACCGACAUGUCAUCGAUGUACUACAGUACACUGCCACGUCACUGCCUGUGACUUGUGACACGACGAGAUUUUAAACCCGGAAGACGAAAAUAGCGUAAAAAUACCCCAACUCAAAAUUAACCAUUUUUAUUCUACAAUUAAAAUGUACGGAUGCUAAGAUUGUCUUUUAUGAUGUGUGAUACGAAGACCUCUGUUAAAAUCUCAGAAAAAGUAGUUUUCAUGACACUUUAAAACGCUUGGUGAAGUCGCAUUGUAAAAAAAAUAAAAAUAAAUAAAUAAAUAAAAAGGUCAGAAGCACUCAUGGCUAUGUUUAAUAGUGACAGGAAGAGCAUUUCCACACACAAUGUGAGGAGAACAUACAGGAUUGGGACUUAACAGCUGUGCGGCCACAAGAAAGCCACUUGGUAGUGUGGCUAAUCGGGGAAAAAAAAUGACUUAAAUUUGCUAGAGAGGGUAAAGAUUGGACAAGGUCAUGUGGUCUGAUGAGUCCAGAUUUACCCUAUACCAAAGUGAUGGGUACGUCAGGGUAAGAAGGGAAGCACAGGAAGCGAUGCACCAGUUAUUCAUAGUGCCUACUGUACAAGCCUCUGGAGGUAGUGUUAUGAUCUGGGGUUGCUUCAGUCGGUCAGGUCUAGGCUCAGCAACAUUAUGCAGAAAUAAAAUGAAGUCAGCUGAAUACUUGAAUGUACUAAAUGACCAGGUUAUCCCAUCAAUAGAUAUUUUUUCUUCCCUGACAGCACAGGUAUAUUCCAGGAUGACAAUGCCAAGGGCUCAAAUUGUGAAAGCAUGAUUCCGGGCGCAUGAGGAAUCAUUUUCACACAUGAAUUGGCCACCACAGAGUCCUUACCUUAAUCUGAUUGAAAGUCUUUGGGAUGUGCUGGAGAAGACUUUACGGAGUGAUUCAACUCACCCGUCCUCUAUACAAGAUCUCGGCCAAAAAUGAAUGCUACUCUGGGCGUAAAUAAACGUUUUGACGUUGCAUACGGUUGUUGAAACAAUGUCAUGACAAAUUUGCGCCAUAAUCAAAGCUAAUGGUGGUGCGACGAAAUAUUAGCGUGUGCGACUUUUUUCUUUUUUUUAGGCCAGCAGGAUACAAUAAUUAGACAGGACAACAGAACAAUAUUGUAUGGAUUAUAAGGCAUGACCAUAAUCAUCCCAGUCGAAUAGUCCACAUACUGAACAUUAACUGGUCACUGGUGGUCCCUUUCUGCUGAUGGUUGCGGUAGAGACUCCAGUCAAGAGGCACACCAAAGAAAGGAACUAUUCCCCUUUGACUGGAACGAUGCCCAUGACCCCAACAGCCAAAACCCAAGCAGGUAAUUACAAAACCAGUGGGACCACUGUCAAUACCCUGGAAGCACAAGAGCCACAGACAGAAGCCGAGAGAAUGGAUUUUCUCAGGUCUAAAUUGGAAGGAUCUAUAGAGGCCGUAAUGAAGACCAGGCAAGAGCUUGAGUUGUUAUUGCCUGUAGAGGGCAACAGUGAGCUGAGGAGUUUGUUGCUGAUGGGUCAUGCUGACUUGUGCACUGAACUGAAGAGACACAAAGAGCUGGCUUCUAAAGUGAACUGUCAUGUUAAUGCAAUGCAAAUUCACAAGAAGUGGCUCCAAGGUGCAACACAGACUGGCAGCUCUUAUGAGUUUUUGAAGAACAUCUUAAGUGGCUGAGAAGGCCAACCUGAACAACAGCUGCUGGCCACACAAACCAUCCUAUUUCUGCCCAAGGUGGAUCAUAUAACUCUCACUUUAUCACCCCCAGAGGCAGCAUGAAGGACAAAAGCACAAGGUGGCCUGUUAACUUUUGUACUUGUGUUUUCCCAUAUACACGGCCUCCUUUUGUUGGAAGUAAAAAGUCUUGGGGUGUGGUUUUUGGCAAUAAUUUGACAUGAAUUGUGUCUGGACAAACCCCUCCAGCCACUUCAGCCUGACCAUCCUUUCAUGGAAAGAAAAAAGAAGACAAAUCCUGAGUACUGGAUUCUGAGUCUGUGCAUUUAUUCCAUUACAUUCAUGCGCUGUUGAAUGCUCAUUUCUGAUUGGUCAGAAGGUGUUGAUUAUUUUUCUUUAACAGUAGAUCUGUCGAUAGUUCCGGCUGUAAGAACGAGCUUAUAUUAAUGCACUCAUUCUAAUACAUUAUCGUUGUUUCUAUGGUAACAAUUUUCACAGAGACUUGUAUGGUGAAUGCUUCACAUAAUUCAAGACUAAUUAUUAAACAUUAAAAAAAAAAAAAGUGUGUUAAUUAACCAAGAAAAAUGAACAAGCUUUCUGCAAGGAGAUGAUUAUUUAUGGAACAUUUAUGGAAGGAGUCUCCAGUGUUCAACCACGGGAGCACGUUCUUUCCGUUUCCACUUUGUGCUUUUCAGGUUCUCAGGAACAUAACGAAAUGCAUUUUUUUUGUGUCUUAUUCAAUACAACGGAGAGGGGGAAAAAAGGCUGGUGAGGGAACAACAGAGGCAGUUUAUAAUCUUAAGCGUGAACAGGAACAGGAUCCACAACAUUAAACCUAACUAUAAAUGGAUAAAAAUGACAUUCAUUAAUAAAUUAAAUCAUUAGGAAAUUGCUGUUUUAUAAGUGUAAUACAACAUGUUGGCAUACUGCUAUAUUAAAUAAUCACUGUUGUAACAGGUUGCAUUACACUGCCCCAUUGUUGAUUAUUUUCCUAUAGCAGCAUGCCCCCAGGUGUAUUUAUUUUCCUUACUUAUAACUAGAUAGUGCAAGGUCUUACAACCAUGGUCAAGCUCCUUAAUGUUUUUGGUGCUUGUUUCCUGGUCCAUCACUGAAUUAACCAACCUGUCUUUUUCUCCUUUAACGCCAAUUGUAUCUCUAUCUGUAUUUGAUUUCUCUGUUUUUCUGCACGUAUUGAAUCAGAAGCAGUCCAUUCUCCUAGUCGCGUGUGUGUGUGGGGCUGCGGGGCUUGUGCAAGCUGUAACACUAUAGCCCCUCUGUGACCUGAUAACAUUUACAGUUGUAAUGGAUUUUUUUAAUACCAGUCAUUAACUCGUGUGAAAGAAGGAGGUGGCGAAAGAUUGUGUGCACCUUUGUUCCUCUGGUAUUUCAGCUUUAUGACAUUGUGUUCCGAUAUGUCCCUUCCCAUCAUUUUUGUUUAAUGGGGCAUGCAGGCAAUGCAUUUUAUUCAAGGUAUAUCUUUUUUUUUUUUGUGGGGACACAUGCACGGUAUUUUUUUGACGUUCACUUAAAGUGCUUGAUCUUACUGUAAUUUUAUUCAUCAUUUCAAGGAGAUUUUCUGGUUUGCUGAUACAGAAUAAGAGACCCCACAACAAUUUUGUACAAAAGAAUUUAUUGAUGUGUAGAAAAAUUUGUUAAUAAAGGAAGGUAACAAAUGGUCA